AUGCCUCUACUCUUUCGAAAGAUGCAAACCCGGCUUCUGCGCAACUCAGACAUGAAGAAGCUAGUGCGUGUUCUGCGCAACGAUGCUCCUCCCGUCAGCAAUGAUGAAGGUGGCAGCUAUGAGAAAGCCACGGAGAUUGCAAUCAAAAAGUUGCCAAGACGUCUCCGCUCAUCACCUUUGUCGUCACAUGGAGCACUGUGCCGCGCUCACAAGGGACUAGAUGCCCACUUGAUGACCGAUAUCUGGGCGUGGGUCAAGUACGAGCUGGGGGUAGGUAUCGGGCGUUUCUUGUACCCAAUUAUCAUGUCCAACGUCCUCUCUGAAUCUGACAAGCAUCGCGCUCGCCAACUAGAACCAGUCGUACGCAUAUUCAAACCUGACUGGACGCUGGCUGAAUCUUCACCACCAGGUAUUCCUCCCAUCGACGCUGGAGACAAGUGGGUCUACCAACAGAACGGCUGUCCAGCAUGCAUACUGGCACGCAUUGGCUCGGACGAAAACGCCUUGUUCGCACUAUUUGCUGGUAUGUAUGGCCAUCACCGGUCGCGCAGCGGCGGCCAGAAGGGCGUCGACAAAAUUAAAAGCAGGCGGCUACGAUUCGUACGGUACUGGAUGCGCACGCACCAAAACGGUAAGCAGAUGACCUUCGACGCUUACGAUCUUGGCGUGGAGCUCAAGACGUUACGGUGUGAAGCAAAGGCAUCCCUCCGGCAGUCUGGACAACCCACUCGUUACACGCGCGACAGCGUCGAUGAGGUACCGGUCGCCGCUCACCAUCGCUUGGACAACGAACCAGCAAUCGCUGCAGACCUCUCAGAACCGUACACCCCCAAACUCUGGAGUACGAACACUCCCCACGAUCCCAAAAUCGGCCCAACACCCCCUCGAGACCCAACGACACCAACCGUCACGGAAGACUGGCACGAAAAGCCCCUCGCCAACGUCCCCAUCCAAACCCAAAUCCAGCCCGCUCCCUUCCAAUCGCGCGAGCUUGACACACUGUCCCUUCUCCCUGCUCGAUCCCACACAAACCCCAAGCACCGAGAUUCCGUCUUAUCCCCAGCAACUUCCAUCUCCAUCGCGUCGUUCAAUACCGCUGCGUCAAUGCGUGGAUAUAGCUUCGAUCCAUUCGACACGCCCGAAGACCGGAUAGGUAGGUAUCAAGCAACGCACCUCCCCAAAGCUAACACAACACUCAAGCGCCACGACUCCAUUCUAGCACCACCUUCACACCGCUAUCCAGUAUCUUCUCUCUACUCUUCCCCUUCCUGCCUUACGCUUAAAAACCUCUCUCCACCUCCACAGCACUAUCCAGCACCACACCCCUCCCCUGCCCCCUCACGCCUCACGCUCGCAACCUCCAUCGCGUCGUUCAACAGCGCUGCGCCGAACAACACUGCAUCGGCGCGUGCGUACCGUUUCGAUCCCUUCGAAACGCCCGAGGAGCGGGUAAGGAAGUACGAGGCGCUGCUCCGUUCAAAGAGUUUUGGUGGUGGUGGUGGGGAUAGUACGCACGGCGCCGAAGACCGUGCUGAGAAUAGUGAGAGCGGUGAAGGUGAAGGUGGAGCAACUGUGGUGUUCGGGAAUAGAUUACUACCGAGGCCUAGUCGCUGCAGUAUGUACUCUGCGUUUGUUGAGGGGGGGUGGGAUGGUGCGGAGUGCGAUGAGGAAGAGGCCGAGUGGGGGGUGCUUGGUGAGCCGGGGUUGGGGGCUGUUGAGGAGGAGCGGGCGCAUAGCGAUGGAGAUGUAGGGGAGGAUGAGGAUGAGAGUGAGAAUUACUCCCAGAAUUCAUAUACUCAGAAAGCAGCGUAG